CCCUCGGAUCGGCAAAGCCCGUACAGUCUUGGGGCGUCAUCAACGACAGGAAAAUUCCACUUGAAGGUACCUUGGCCGGGAUGGUCGGGACUGCUAGUGCAGUCUCUUUAUGACAAUUUUUCGCAUGCUAUGCAGAACAACGCCCUCGAGAGUCCAUAUCCCAACUCCCCCACGCGCACUUUCCCAAUUUGCGACUAGUUCUCGUAUCUCUGAAAAUGAGCUGAGAACUAAUGUUGUCGGAGACACGCUGUCGUAUGCGCUUGUCAAUGCAGCACGGCUUAGGCCAAAGGAGGGGCCAAGAGAGACUUCCCGAGAACGAGACUUACGAGAGCCACCACCCACACACAAUGGCCCUGAACAACAUAGUCAAUCAUAUCAGCUAGGGUCGCGUCCUCGAACACCGCUCAAAUAUCCCCAAUUGUCUCCCUUUGAUGCAGACAAACUGCCGGGUCUUAUCCGACACGACCCAUCCGCUGUUUCACUUGUUUCUAACUUCCAUCGCGCCGUACGGCGCUCUGAUCGGGCGGAGGCAUGGGACGCAUAUCAGGCUAUAGCAAUGACACAUCCAAUGGGGUCGAAUCUCUUGCAACCCGAUCUGCUCCACCGUCUUGCUCUGCUCCUUGCCAAGGCACGUCCGAAAACUCGAGAGAAUUUUCUUCGACUCCUCGCCGUUAUAUCUGAGUUGAGAAAUAUGCAAGAAGAGGUUCAUUUAUGGGAAUGGAAUGCACUUAUUCAUCUUGCUGGAAGUGGAUUCCGGAAAGCAGAGUUGGAGGACUUUGACGCGGCACUGAAAAUCGUGGAAGACAUGCAAUCGUCUUUUUCAGGGGAUGAUCAUCGUGACUCAGCACUUACUACGAGACCGGUGUUUCCGAAGGCGAAUUUGGAUGUAUGGACACUUAAUUCCCUCCUUAAUGUAGCCGCUCGGACACGUUCAGCCGACCUCGUCAAGCGUGCCUUGACGUUAUUUGAUGAAUACGGUAUAGACAGGGACCGAAUAACCCACCUCACUCUGAUCAAGCAUUACGGUAACACAGGUGCACUUGAACGCAUACCCCCCACUAUAGAAACCAUGCUUCGUAACGAUAUCAAUCCCGGUAUUGAUGGAAUUAACUCUGUUAUAUGGGCAUAUGGGCGGACAGGAAGGUUGGAGAACGCCGUUUCCAUAUAUCGUGCUUUACAGGGUUCUUUACUUCCAGACGAGAUGGAUUCUCAUCCCAUACUGUGCAUUUCUGGCAUCGAGAAUUGUUUGAACCAGGGUCCGGACAUCAUCACUUUUCGAUGCAUCAUUCAGUGCCUGGCGUAUCAUGGAGACUUCAUUGGCGCCAUAGAGGUAUUCCGUGACAUGUUGACUACGCCCUGCAGGAGACAACCUUGGCGUUCUGGACGGCUGUCCCGCGUCGACGGUGGAACGAAAACAUAUGACGCAACGGCGGACGUCUUUCGGGCAUUGUUCAUUGGUUUCACGCGCCAUGGCGUUGCACCCGUUCAGAAUGCCGUAGAUCGAAUUAUCAGCUAUGGGUUUGCUAAUACAGGUGUUGCAUGGUCGCCCAACAUAUCCAACACUUGGGCAGCCCGAAAGCAAAGGAAGAGAUUUGGUCGAAGGCAACUCGAACUCGCUCGCUCCACCACCGCUACUACACACCCCGAAGCAGCAACAUGGACUUCAGAAGAUCUGAAUUUAAUAUUCUCACAUUUCCUCGAAAUGCUUCCUUCCAAUACUCCCCUUUCCCCAGACUCAUCCUCGCCUCCCAACCCCCCCAUCAACCCAGACAUCAUAUAUUUGUGUCUUGUUGCAUUUGCGCGAACAUCACAUAAUGACCGGGAGGUCAUGCGGGCUGCUUGGCAGGAUAUCUCGCGCGCGUUCGGAUGGAUUGAAGGAGAACAACUCGAUGGUACCGAAAUGCACGAUUUUGUGUAA